CUCUUCAGCUCCAGUUCUUACUUUUUAGCUCCUAAUAGGAGCUAAAAAAAAAAAAAAAAAAAAAAACCCUAGAAUUGAAAAAUAGAAUUUGUCAAAAUUUUUUCCCCACAAACUGGUUUUACAGCUCUAUAGUUACGUUUGACCACUUUUGUUUGUUUUCUUGUUUGGUUGUCUAGAAAAUGCUGGAAAUUUGACUUGCAGACUCUGAUCUGAUUUCUUGAUGUUUGGACCAAGAAAGAGAUAAGUCUUCAGGUGAGAUAUCCUUAAUUUGGUAAGACGGGAAUAGCAUUUACCAUUUUAGUUCAUAUCUCGACCAUCCACACUGAGAGUUAGAAAGUGGUUGUGAAAUUGCUUUUGGCAUCUAGGCAGAAAAAUGUCAUGCUACAUCGAAGUUAUCCUAUAACGAAGGCUAUCAAUUUUUAAUGCUGCUUGUCCAACUGAUUCAUGCAGGCCCGACUGCUUUUGUACUUAAAAUUAUGUGGUUCGUUAUAGAUCUUACAAGAGCAGCUUCAAGUAAGAACCCACACCCAAAAGAGCGCAUGGAUUGAAUUGAAAUGAAUAUGUUAAAGUAACAAUGGUGUAUCCUAAGUUAUAAAGCAUCAUUUGAUCUUCGUGAGAAGCUUAUGUUUUUUGGAAAUGAAUAUGUGUCAAGCACAAAUGUACAUUUUCUCUUGGUCUCCAAGCAUGAAAAAUAACAGGCUGUGUAUUCUGAUCCUUUGUGGAUGAAAAUUUGAUAACACUGUAACAAGGAGAGAUAAUUAAUUUGUCAUAAAUAGGGAACUAUGGAGUGUAAUAAAGAUGAAGCAGUCAGGGCUAAAGAAAUUGCUGAGAGGAAGUUUACAGAAAGAGAUUUUGCUGGGGCAAAUAAAUUUGCUUUGAAGGCCCAAAGCUUGUAUCCUGGGCUUGAGGGUCUAUCUCAAAUGCUUAUGACAUUUGAUGUGCAUGCCUCUGCACAGAAAAGAACAGUUACUGGUGAAGUUGAUUGGUAUAGUGUGCUUGCUGUAAGCCCCUCAGCUGAUGAUGAGACAGUCAGGAAACAGUACAGAAAGCGAGCCCUCAUGCUUCACCCAGAUAAAAACAAAUCUUUGGGUGCGGAUGGCGCAUUCAAGCUGGUGUCAGAGGCAUGGAGUAUGUUAUCUGAUAAGUCUAAGAGAUUAGCAUACAAUGACAAAUUAAAUGUGGUAGGAUUUCAACAGAAAGUGUCAACUCAGGCAAAGGAUCCCUCAACACCAUCUACUGUUAAUGGCUUUCACAAUGGUGAUAGUGCUGUAAAAUCAGAUGCAAGGACUCAGAACAGGAAUACUCGGACAGGGCCAACCUUUGUUCCUCCUCCUCAUAAAAAACCUGAUACUUUUUGGACUAUAUGCAACAGAUGUAAGACACAAUACGAGUAUCUGAGGAUUUAUUUAAAUCACACCCUCCUAUGCCCAAAUUGUCAUGAAGCUUUUUUUGCUGCAGAGAAGGAUCCUCCUCCAAAUGUUAUGAAGCCAUCCAAUUAUUCUUCUCGUCCAAAGCAUCAGAAUUCAAGAUAUCGUGCUGCAAAUACUACCCUGUUCAAUGUUGGAAGAAAUUGUGGAGUAGCUCAAAGUUCUGGACCUGAUGGGCUCGGAGUAAAUUCAUCCCACAGCCCAGAUCCACAGUGGAAUCAUUUUUCUAGGAUGGCUAGUACUGGAGCUGCGGUUCCUUCACCGUCAACCUCUGCUCAAGCUGCAAGCACAGUUCAACAGGCACAUCUGCAUGUGAAGAGAGAGCAUGAAGCAGCAAAAGCUGACCAACUCCUCAAAAGGAGAAGAUCUGAUGAAAGAAAUUAUGUGAAUUCUUAUGGAACUGGGUAUGGAAGAUCAGGCUUGGUAACUGCAUCCGAGCAAAGAAUGGGCUGUUUGGAGACAGAAAGGGUCCAUGGUUUUUCUAGUGUUGAUAAUAAGGUCAAUAGCAAGAGAGAACUGCUACCUGUUGAACUCCGAAACAUGUUGAUGGAGAAGGCAAGAUUGGAUAUUUGUAAAAAGCUUGAAGAAUGGAACUCAGAACAAGUAAAACUGGAAGAAAAACGGAAAAGCAUGGUAAUGAAUGAUGCAAAGCAUGAUGACUCUACUAUUAUGAAUGAUGCAAAACGAAGCAAGAAGUCUUUUCGUGGCUUUUCUUCUGAUGAUUCCAUUAAAGAUGCCCCUGGACCAAUGUCAAUUAAUGUUCCAGACCCUGAUUUUCACAAUUUUGAUUUGGAUCGAACUGAAAAUGCUUUUAGGGAUGACCAGGUUUGGGCUGCCUAUGAUGAAGACGAUGGAAUGCCUCGAUACUAUGCUCGAAUCCACAAAGUGAUCUCGUUGAAUCCAUUCAAGAUGAAGAUUAGUUGGCUUAAUUCAAGGAGCAACAGUGAAUUCAGCUCUGUAGACUGGGUAGUUUCUGGUUUUCCCAAGACUUGUGGGGAUUUCAGGGCAGGAAAACACGAGAUUACCGAAACGUUAAAUUCUUUCUCUCACAAGGUUAAAUGGACAAAAGGCACUCGUGGGGUCAUUUGCAUACUUCCAGGAAAGGGAGACAUUUGGGCCCUCUAUAGAAACUGGUCUGCAGACUGGGAUGAGCAUACUCCAGAUGAAGUGGUCCACCAAUAUGACAUGGUUGAAGUGCUUGAUGACUAUACUGAAGAACAUGGUGUAUCUGUUGUUCCUCUUGUUAAGGUUGCUGGUUUCAAGACAGUCUUUCAUAGGCAUAUGGACCCCAAAGAAAUUAGGAGGAUUCCUAAAGAAGAGAUGUUUCGCUUCUCUCAUCAGGUACCUGAUCAUCUCCUUAGUGGUGAAGAAGCUCAUAAUGCUCCGAAGGGUUGUCGGGAGUUGGAUCCAGCAGCUACACCUUUAGAACUUCUUCAGGUAAUUAAUGAAGCUAAUGAGGCACAAAUGGUAGAAAUUACAGGGGAAAGUAAGGAAGAAAUGGCGCCAAAAUUUACAGCAACUAAGGUUGAUCAGAUGGUGGAUGAUACCUCAAAAUUCAAGGAGGUUGAAGUGAUAGACAGUGAUGAACAAGCUAAGGAUGAUAAAUAAGGUUCGGUAAAUAGGUGGCUGAGGAAGCCGAUGUUGUAGAUGAGUCUGAAAUGACCGAGAAAUUAGCUAAUGAAAACUGCUCAAGAUACACCAAUACAGGUAAGGUUUCUUUUGUAAAGCUGAUCCAAAACUGUUGAUGCUUUUUUGCAGCAUAAAUGGAUCUGCAAAUGCACCGAAUUUUUUUUUUUUUUCUUUUUUUGUGGAUUGCUGAAUUGGAGUAUGAAAUUACUCAAUGCUUGACCAUGAUCAAGUUUGCUGGCACUGGCGGCAACCAAUAUAACUGUAUCAUUUGGGCUUGUGAAAUGUUACAAUUUCUUGCA